AUGCCAUUCAUCAGCCGAUGGAGUGAUGAGAUGUCCACGCCAAGACUGAGCGCCACCGAGCAGAAGACCAUCCUCGGGUGGCUCUAUGAGGGUGAUUCUUCGGAAGUGAAGGAAUUGGUCCAGACAGGCGGCCGCUACUUCGAUUUCAACUUGGUGGAUGAGGUCUGGGGCACACCGCUUCUGGCCAUCCUUGCUGGCAACAUGUGGAAUCCGUCGGAGACAUCCGAUCAGACUUUCGUAGCCAAGAAGCACCUCGCGGCUUUCUGCCUGAUGGCCGGGGCGAAUCCGGAGCAGCAUGCGCCGGACUCGUGCAGGUGGCGAGUGUGCGUUGGCUGGGCGUCAGCACCCUUGGCUGGAAACUCGCCCGUCUCCCUCACCAGUGCUUUGUACAACCAGCUGGACGACGAUUGCGAUCCUGUCUGGUACUCCCCAUGGACGCUACCGCGAAGCAGGGCUGAUCUGCAGAUGGCUCGCUUGCGUCUGCGGGAGGUGCUGGACCUUCUGACUGGCCACUGUCCAGGGCCUCAGGAGGCUGGCCUGAGCAGUGGGAAGGUUCGCAUCCUUGAUUGCGUGCAGAGUCUCUGGGAGAGCGUCCACAAGCAACAGUCGCUUGCAGACGCAAAGCUGCUGGUCAAGGAGUCGCCAGACCGAUCCCCCAUCGUUCUGACGGCACAUUCCUGGCUCUUGAAGCAGGCUUGCCCGGGAAUGGUCUUGAACGAGGACAAGGAGGUGGAGAUUCGCAACACGCGGGACGUGGUGCAAAACUUCUUAUCCCUGGUCUACUCGGGCUGCUAUCUUGAGGGUCGGCCCAGUUUGGACGUGCUGCUGGAGAUCUGCAUUCUCGCAGACAAGAUGAAAGCCUGGACAAUUCUUCGGCCCCUCAUCGGACAAGUUCGGGAGGAGCUCUCCCUCACAACCUUCGCUCAGAUCUGCACCGUUGCCAUCUCGAAUGAGAACGCGUACUUGCUCAUCGAUUGCCAAAAAUUCCUGGAGCAGUCUGCCCCUCUGGAGGAUGCAUGGGUCGCUGGCCUGCCAAGACAGGUGCGGGACUUCAUCCAAGAAACAUUGGGCUGGCGUGCCCAUCAGAUGCAGAACCGCAUGCUCUGA